AUGUUCACCAAACUGACUAUUACUUUCGUGAUUUUAUUACAAUCUAUCGAAGGAUAUCCUUCAGUACCAGGUCAUAAGCCUUAUAAUAUCAAUAAUAUCCUGUCGCCCCGUAUCGUCGGAGGACAAGAUGCUCCCGAAGGCUACGCGAAACACAUGGCAGCUCUUGUGGUGGGCAAUCAAGUGACGAUGUUAACUUGCGGCGCCUCCAUCAUCAACAGACGACACAUGUUGACUGCUGCGCACUGCAUUCAACCCUAUGUGAUUUGGGGCGAGUUGUCGCCACACCUAAAAGGAGUCAUUGGUUCGAAUUACUGGAAUUCUACAAAUAUCGUCAAGUUUUCCGGUCAUAAAAUCCACCCGAAGUACGGUUGGACGAACUUGGCAAAUGAUAUCGGCGUCCUCAGGACUGCUGUCGAGAUCGUGUAUAGUGACCUUGUUAGUGCGAUAGCAAUGAAAUAUGACUUUGUCGGGGGCGGAGUCAAGGGUUUCGUCACUGGCUGGGGACAACUCAAGUUUGUCCAAAAAAAGUCCCAAACGUACAAGUUCUCCGCAACCUGCGGUUAUUCACGUCGUAAUAUAGUUUCAAGAUGUAGUACAUUCUUAUGGACUGAAGUAAAACUGUCUGUACUCGUGUAA